GAAACGUAGAGGAGGGAGUAGGGACGCAAAAUCUUUGCUGAUAGGCACAGGAGUGUAUUAGUGUGAAGACGGGUCAUUCUGUGGCUGGCGAUGGGCGAAUCGUUUAGCAUAGAGGGUGUUGCUGCGACGGCAGCGACCGAGGGCAUAAUGCGGUUUUUGGCGGAUCAGGACACGGUGCUGCCGGCGGUGGGGGCGGCAGAGGACGCGAUCGACGCGGCUGACAUCCUGUUGUUGGCGACGGCGCUGCCGGUGAACGCGUCGGAUGACGGCGCCCCUGGAAAGGCGGCGGCGUCCAACUCCACGGCUGCGUCGGCGGCCGCGGCGGCGCUGGAGGUGGUGGCCGUGCGGCACCCGCUGUACGUGGUGGUGCCCAUGACGGUCCUCUACGCCAUCAUCUUCUUCACCGGCGUGCUGGGCAACAUGACGACGUGCAUCGUCAUCUACCGCAACAAGCACAUGCACACCACCACCAACUACUACCUGUUCAGCCUGGCCGUGUCCGACCUGCUGCUGCUGGUGUCCGGGCUGCCGCCCGAGGUGUACCAGGUGUGGAAGCACUACCCCUACAUCUUCGGGCUGACCUUCUGCCGGCUGCGCGGGCUCGCCGCCGAGACGUCGUCGAACGCGACGGUGCUGACCAUCACGGCGUUCACGGUGGAGCGGUACGUGGCCAUCUGCCACCCGUUCCUGUCGCACACCAUGUCGAAGCUGUCGCGCGCCGUCAAGCUGAUCGUGGCCGUGUGGCUGCUGUCGCUGGCGUGCGCCGUGCCGCAGGCGCUGCACCUGCAGAUCGUCGGGCCGCCCGGCAUGACGCGCUGCAUGUUCCGCGAGGAGACGGUGCACCACCUGUUCGAGAUCUCGACGUUCCUCUUCUUCGUGGCGCCCAUGACGCUCAUCACCAUACUGUACGCGCUCAUCGGGCUGCGGCUGCGGCGCUCGAGCGCCAUGAAGCGCGACGCCGGGCCCUACGGCCACCGCAACGGCUCCGGCGCCGGCACCGGCCACCAGCACUACGGCUGCGUCGCGACGGCGGCCGACAAGGACGGCGCCCACUCGGCGUCGGCGUCGCUGGCCUCGACGGCCGGCAGUCAGGCGCAGCUGCAGCUGUCCGGCGUGCAGACGCCGCGCCACCACCACGCCGCCGGCAGGGCCAGCCACUCCUCACAGUCGCGGCGCGUCCUCAAGAUGCUCGUGGCGGUGGUGGUGGCGUUCUUCAUCUGCUGGGCGCCGUUCCACGCGCAGCGGCUCGUCGCCAUGUACGUGACGGCGGGCGCGCAGCGCGAGCGCGGACCUUCCGAGCUCAUCUACGCCAUCGUCACCUACACGUCGGGCAUCCUCUACUACGUCUCCACCACGAUCAACCCCAUACUCUACCAGAUCAUGUCGCACAAGUUCCGCGAGGCCUUCAAGGACACACUGGGCAGGUGUUGCGGGCUGCGCGGACAGCGAGCACGGCGAGCCUACUCCAUCCUGUCGCGGUCGGCGCCCCGACACGCGUCGGCAGCGCACGCCGCGGCCGCAGCCGGAGGGCGCGGGGGCGGCGCCGGGGGCGGCCUCGGGGGCGUCGGCGUCGGCGCCGGAGGCGGCGCUCGGUGCGGUGAGUCCGCGACGGCCACCGACUGCUCGGGCAACAGCGAGCAGCUGCGCAGCGACGCCGCCUCCGGCUCGGCCUCGGCGUCCGGCUCGGGCAGCUGCGGCGGCUACUCGGUGGUGGUGAGCGCGAGCGCGCGACACCACGGCGGCUACGAGGCGGUGGUGGUGCCCGCGCUCAGCCGGCAGUCGACGCGCGCCAGCAGCCGGCCCUUCCUCUCCAGCGGCUCCUCCUGCCCAAGCUGA